AUGCACAACAAUACGAAGGAGUUUGAGGGAGAGAUCAUGCACGGCCAAGUCAAGUUAAUGAGGUUGUCAAAGGAUCCAAACUGCAAAGAGGUUACGGCUAAAGCUAUCAUCUUGAGGAGUGGUAAAGAGAUUGGAACCAAUCCCGAAAUGUCCAAACAAAGCCCAAAAGAGAACGAAAAGCUGCUGCCCAAAGAGAAGGAGGUGGACAAAGCCACAGCAAGGGAGGAACAACCCUUGCCGCAGUCCCCCAAAGCUCCUACACAACCAAACUCAGUUUUGCAACGAAAACUUCCACCUAAAUGCAAAGAUCCAGGUAGUUUCACAAUCCCUUGUGUUAUUGGUAACACCAAGUUUGAACAUGCCAUGUUAGAUUUAGGUGCUUCCAUUAAUGUCAUGCCAUACUCUAUUUAUGCAUCUAUGAACUUAGGAGAGCUUAAAAACGAUGGCGUUAUAAUUCAAUUAGCCGAUCGUUCUAAUGCAUAUCCGAAAGGAGUUUUGGAAGAUGUUUUGGUGCAGGUUAACCACUUGAUAUUUACAGCAGAUUUUUAUGUGCUUGAGAUGGAGGAUUCGGCUCAUUCUACACCAUUGCCAAUCUUACUUGGACGACCUUUCAUGAAAACAGCCCGAACCAAGAUCGACGUGUUCAAGGGGACGUUGACAAUGGAAUUUGAUGGCGAUAUCAUUGAUUUCAAUAUUUCUGAAGCUAUAAGGUACCCUAUUGAUCAUCACUCGUGUUUCUCUAUUGAUGCAUUUGAUUCUUUGGUGCAGGAAUAUCUCGAAUCCCUAGAUAGGGAUGCCCUUGAAACCACCAUUGUUCAAGGAAUUGAACUCAUCACCAAUGGGGCCAAACCUAAUCAUGAAGAAAUUGGCGAGAUGGUGGCUGCCCUUGAGUCAUUGCCACAAUAUGUUGGGUAA